GGCCAGGGCCAGGACCGAGAUCGGGAGAGAAACAGGGCCAGGGAUCCGGGCCAGGGCCAGGGCCAGGACCGGGAUCGGGAUCGGGGUCAGCACAGGAACCGGAACCAGGACCUGCGGCCUCCCCUCAGCCCGCCAGCCCCGGGUUCCGCUAUGGGGCUGUCGGGGCCGGGCCGGCAGCCUCUGUUACCGAGAUCUGACCGGAGUUGUCAGGAGACAACUUCAGCUGACAGGAGACAGCUGAAGGAGUGGCUGCCGCGCAUUGCUGAGGAGAAAAGCUGACUUAUCGUGCGGCAGUCACAGAGCUUUCACCUCUUUCACGAGCUCCUGAUUCUGAGGGAGUGUUGGGAGUUCCCUUUGCCCCUCUCGUUGCCGAGGCAAUGCCCAAGGUGAAGAGGAGCAGGAAGCCUCCCCCGGAUGGCUGGGAGCUGAUCGAGCCCACGCUGGACGAGCUGGAUCAGAAGAUGAGAGAAGCUGAGACAGAGCCACACGAAGGGAAGAGGAAAGUGGAGUCCCUGUGGCCCAUCUUCAGGAUCCACCACCAGAAAACACGUUACAUCUUUGAUCUCUUCUACAAGAGGAAAGCAAUCAGCAGAGAGCUCUAUGAGUACUGCAUCAAGGAGGGCUAUGCUGACAAAAACCUGAUUGCCAAGUGGAAGAAGCAGGGCUACGAGAACCUCUGCUGCCUGCGCUGCAUCCAGACCAGGGACACCAACUUUGGGACCAACUGCAUCUGCAGGGUCCCCAAAAGCAAGCUGGAAGUGGGCAGAAUCAUUGAGUGCACUCACUGUGGAUGCAGAGGCUGCUCUGGAUGAAGCCUUUUGCCAUCAAACUUGUUUUUUGAACUCUGAGGGACAUCCUCCUCCUCCUCCUCCUCCUCAAUGGACUAUGAGUGCAAUUACAGCCAUUUUCUGUGAUGGGAUAUUUCUGUAUUAAAUUAAAGCAGCAGCAUGAUCACCUGGAUCGUGCAUAAAUGGGGGGUGCUUUGGAGUAGGGUUUUGUGUAGCCAUUUAUUUUAAAAUAAAGCUUGCCUUCCUGAGA